GUCAUGAUGAAAUUCUGAAAAAUACUCAUCCUUUGUCCGCUGCAAAGUGGCACAAACAGGAACCAGGAAGUGACAGUGUGUCAGCCUCUCACCUGACCCUGGCAGGUAUAUACAGGGCCCCCGGCCCAGGAGACUCCACACCUGAACACCUCCCCUCUGCACCUGCAUCUCUGACCGACUCCGCCCAAAACCCACCAGAAACAUGGGCUGCUGUGGCUGUUCUGGAGGCUGUGGCUCCAGCUGUGGGGGCUGCGGCUCCAGCUGUGGGGGCUGCGGCUCCAGCUGCUGUGUGCCCGUGUGCUGCUGCAAGCCCGUGUGCUGCUGCAAGCCCGUGUGCUGCUGUGUGCCAGCCUGUGCCUGUUCCAGCGGCGGCUCGUGUGGGGGCUCCAAGGGAGGCUGUGGCUCCUGUGGGGGCUCCAAGGGGGGCUGUGGCUCCUGUGGGGGCUCCAAGGGGGGCUGUGGCUCCUGUGGGGGCUCCAAGGGGGGCUGUGGCUCCUGUGGGGGCUCCAAGGGGGGCUGUGGCUCCUGUGGCUCCUGUGGCUGCUGCCAGUCCAGCUGCUGCAAGCCCUGCUGCUGCCAGUCCAGCUGCUGCCAGUCCAGCUGCUGCAAGCCCUGCUGCUGCCAGUCCAGCUGCUGCAAGCCCUGCUGCUGCCAGUCCAGCUGCUGCAAGCCCUGCUGCUGCCAGUCCAGCUGCUGCAAGCCCUGCUGCUGCCAGUCCAGCUGCUGCAAGCCCUGCUGCUGCCAAUCCUGCUGCUGCAAGCCCUGCUGCUGCUCUUCCGGCUGUGGGUCCUCCUGCAGCCAAUCCAGCUGCUGUGUCCCCGUUUGCUGCCAGUGCAAGGUCUGAGGCUCUGGCUGAUGGCCUCAGGGAACUCCGAAAGACCUGUGCUUGCCCUCAAGUGACUAUAGGUACAUCCUGGUUACACCCCCCCC